GUUGAGGCUGGCCGCCCUCGCCAUGUGGAAACGUGCCUCAGGCGCCAGCACCGUCGACAUGCUCGGGUUGACUUUUACGAGCUGCAUUCGCCCGCCCGCACUUGGCCGUCAAGAUCUGCAAAUGCCACUCAGCUACGACAAGUGGAACCACAUCGAGGACUACUACUCCUCCGACGAGGACACCAAGAGGCCUCCGCCCGCGGCGGAGAGUCCAGCGCAACUAUGCACGCUCUACACGGUUCCAUGGGACUCGCAUUGUGAGUUGGUUCGCUGGGCGCUCGACCGCCACGAAGUGCCCUAUCUGGAGAAAUCGAUUCCUUGGGGCCUGCAUCUGUGGAGUGCUCUCGCGUUUUCGGAUCCCAUUCCCGCUCCGCAGCAGGUCCAUUUCCCGAUACUCGUUAAUCCCAAAGGAGAGGUACAGUCAACCACCCAGAUUCUCACGUUCCUGUUCUCGAGCUCCUUCACCCGGUCGCUGAGGAUCUACACUCCUGUCUCUGUCUUGGACAUUCAAGAGUCGUACGACGACGCCUUUGCAGCAGCGACCCGCACACUCUACCUCAACAUGAUCCUGUCGUCCGACCUGGCCCACCAGCACAUGGUUGCCAAUGUGCAUCUCAACACACACAAGGCCAUCUACUCGCUGACAUGGCCCUUUUGGAAGCGCAUCAUGCGCUUCUACUACCAUAUCAAUCCGAACACAGUGAAGCAGGCAUCCGAGACCGUCGACCUUGUCUUUGCUCGCGUCGGCAAGACGUUGAGAGCGAAUGGCAGCGCCAGAGGCAGCUCGACCACUUCUCCCUACCAGGUCGGCGAGCACUUCACAGCCGCAGACUUGUCGUUUGCGGCACACGCAGCCCUUGUGCUUCUCCCGAGCGAAGACGACGGCUCCUUUGGGUACAACAUGGGAGUUGCCCUCCCGAGUCUCAAGGAGGUUCCGUUGUCGUACUCUCUCUAUGCCAAGCGACUCCGUGCCACCACCGCUGGCAAAUAUGCGAUCCAGAUGUAUCGCAAGGAGCGAGGCUUUCGCUUCGGCCGCAAGGAGAGCCGGUUUUCACGCGAGAACAACCCGUGGUGGGCCGAGCCCGGCAAGCUCGGCAGCUCCAUCAUCAGUGCGCUUUGGGUUGUUGUCCUCAUAGUCGCGCCCUUGCUUGUCCUGGUGGCCCUCGUUGUCCCCAUCUGGGUGUCGUUGACGGUCAUGGUGGCCAUUGCCGGCACAGUUUGGUUGUUCUGGGGCCAGAAGAUACUUCAAUUACGCUGUGUCCACAGGCUGCGUCAGCUGUGUUUCAUUCUCUUUGCUAAGCACGGCAUCAAUUUGCCGAAGCGCCAAGCUAAGCGGCAGUUGGAUCCCGAAGCAGAGGAUGACGAUUGCCAACAUGAUGGUGCCGAAGUGACCGACGACCUGGCGUUCCCGCCGAUCCCCAGCGACAAGGCAACUACGUCACCCCUUUGCGAGGCUCAAAUCGACAGCAAACUCGACUGUGUCAUGCAGAGCGAUGCAGCCAGCAUCGGCGAGGACCUAUCACUGGCUGCUGUGCCUUCCGAGGAAGACGACCUGGCUGUGCCAUCGAGCCCUGGCGGCGCUGGCUUUGAAGAUCAUUAUGCCUCGUUUAGACGCGAAAGGCUACCUUACUUCCGCCAGCACAAGCGACUCCAAGAAAUUAUAAACGACACGAGCCAUAUCAUGUUCGAUCACCCCGCAGUCGAGUUUAACAGCGUUUGUCGUCGGAUCAAAACCGGAGUGCCCCCGGACGCAAUGGUUGGCGGCGCUGUCGAGUACAGUGGGACUCGACUUCGACGAAGCUUUCGAAGCGACGAAACCAUCGCCGUUGCCGCCGAGGGCGAGGCUAUAUAGUACACAGUCAGCAUUUUCUCGGGUCGAGAGUCGAGAGCAAAUGCAUGCAUUGUCUCGUUCAUGGACACCGGUUCCAAGGAUUGUCAAAUGGAUCGCAGAAUGUGAAGCAAGAAUAGCGAAUAUUGGCUGUGCUCUUCCAGAGCAUAGCGUUUGGGUGUUGGAGCGUGUGGGUUGCUAUCGUGGUUUCUGUUGCGCAAGUAUAAUUGACGGGAA